AUGCCCGCCGAGUACUUCCUCCUCAAGGAUGGAUGUAUCUUAUUAUGUCGUUCCCAGCCGACUUUGUGGCAUCUGAUGAUUGUAAUCUCGGUGGAAAUGCUUUUGCCAAACAGGGAAGAAGUGAAUCGUAAAUCCGGUCAAAAAGUUAGACGCCUUCAACUUUUUGACAUUACACAUAGGAAGAAAGAUGGAAACCCUAUGACUCCUGAAGCUGCAGAAAUUAUGGAAAAAUUAAAGGAUAAAAAGGCGGAGUACGAAGCGAUUGCUUCCAGUGAUAGUUCUGUUCAUAUUGACGACAUUGAUAACCGGAUUAUCACUAAAGUUUUGGGUCCUGAAAGGUAUGGUCGGGUUCGAUUUCAAGGAUCUUUUGUUAACCCAUCCCAAUAUUUUGGAUCUAGCUCGCAACAAUAUAUGCCUUCGGGGAGUCGAGCCGAAGAUGAAGUUCAGAGGUUAAGAGACCAGAUGGCUCAGAUGCAAGCGACAACAAUUGAGCAAAUUACACAACUUAAAACGGAGGCAACAUCGAGAGAAGCUGAGGUUCAAAAAAGAUAUGAAGAACUCCAGCUACAACUGAAAGCGAUGCAAGAAUGA